AUGGCACUUUUAACACCAACAACUCCUUCGUCAUCGGUUGAUCUGUGUGCGACGAGUUUGAAAUCGUUCGAUCUUAAGCAUGGCUUUUGCCUUCCCGAUGAUACCACCAUGGACGUUUGCUACAGUGCAUUAAGUUGUGGCAUGAAUGAGGGUAAAGGUGUACCGUUUGGUGCUGACUGUGGUCGUAGUACGCUGCAUCAAAGCUACACUCCUGUAUCAGCACCACCUACCAUGGCAGGGUUUAGUGGAUUCCAAAAUGCAAAUGAUUUUCCAUCGGAUGCGGCCGCUCAAUUUCAGCAACUUCCUCAGGAUUCGUUCAAACAAAUGGGAGGCUUCUACGCAACACCUGCCAAAGGAGACGAUCUGUUCUUCAAAUUCGACCCGGAGUACAUCGAAAAGCUGCAAUCGACGUCGUCGAGUGUAUUGCUUUCCCCGGCGGCCACCAUAGCCGGCACACCACUAACGUGCCAAAGUUUGCUAAGCUGUGCCAGCAGUAGUUGUACCACUACGACCGAUUACUACAAUUACAAUGAGACAAACUGCCAGUCAAAGAACCAGUCCCCGUGUUCCUCACCUUUCGCGGGCGAUUCGUGGAUCGAUAAUGGAUUUACACUUAAUUUGAUGAAUCUUAACGGAGCCGGGAGUUGUUCUCCGAAACGAUCCAACGAGGCACUGAUUACGACAGCUAAGCCCGCCGGUACACCACUACCCUCGAUACGGAGUGCUUUCGGUGGAACAAUUAGUGGACAGUUUGAGUGUGUCAGUGCGGCUGCAACUAAAUCGGAUCUUUCGGCCGGUGCUGAACCAUCAAUGAACUACAUCAUGGACUUCCUGGAUAGUUCAUUUCUGGAGCAGUACAGCAACGACAAUAGGACGGACAGUUGUUGCAACACUGUAGAGCCUUGUGACUCAUCGCUGGUGGUAAUGGGUCAGGAUUCGUACAGCUACUCCGCGGACAACUACUACAAACCGAUCCAGGGUGCGGAGAAACCGAAUCGAGAAUUUAAAGACAUCUGGAGAAAUGCGGACAAUCUUUCCACUGAGUCUACGAACACGUCGCCAGAUUGCAAACGAACGUCCCUGAUUGUUGCCAAACAAGAACCACUGGAUAUGCUGGACGAGUGUUCGGAAAUGGAUGAAUCCUUCCCGUUGCCCAACGCGCCCCGAUCGUGCCUUUGGAGUGGUUGCAAUGCGGAGUUGUCGGAUCAAAAGCAGCUUGUGACACACAUCGAGAAGCAGCACGUGGAACCGAAGCGGGGCGAAGUGUUUGGAUGCCAGUGGCAGGACUGUCCGCGUCUGCAUCGUCCGUUCAAUGCCCGGUACAAGCUGCUGAUCCACAUGCGCGUACACAGCGGAGAAAAGCCCAACAAAUGUCCGUUCCCGAGUUGUAAGAAGGCUUUCUCGCGGUUGGAAAAUCUGAAAAUCCAUCAACGAUCGCACACAGGCGAACGGCCCUACAACUGCCAGUUCCAAGGCUGCUCCAAGGCAUUCAGCAACAGUUCGGAUCGUGCCAAGCAUCAACGAACACAUUACGAUACGAAACCGUACGCCUGUCAACUGCCCGGUUGUAACAAACGCUACACCGAUCCAUCCAGUUUGCGCAAACACGUAAAGAACCAUGGAACUCGUGCAACGGAGAUACAGUUGCGUCGGAAAACGGCACAGCACGAAAUUCCUGCCACGAGACGUUUCUCCGAACCGGCCCUAUCUAGCAUGGAUGCAUUCAACGAGGAAUCUUACCGGAAAACGGUGGCUAAUUUGGAAUUGGACGAUGUGUUUGAAAAAGUUUCCAGUGUUCAGGCUCAGGAAGUAAACAGUCCUGCAUCGGGUGUUGUUGAUACGGCCGGUGGGACCGAAUGUCGUACCACGAUGGAUGACUUUAACGACAUGUCCAGCUGUCUUAUGAAAAUCCUGCAACAACCUUCAACUGCCUGUACGGAUGGAAGCAGUACGGCAGAAAUUGAGAACAAUCGCUACCUGAUGGAGAAUUUGGGACUUUCGUUUGAAAGUGACGGAAACUAUUCGAACGAUGACACUGCCGGAGCGUGUCGAUUUACGAACGAUGCCGAUGGUAUCAGCCGCGAAAGGACACUGUCGGCAUUUAGUACUGAGUUUGAUUAUUUCGGUGCUGUUGUGUAG